CUACUUGCACGACUUGAGGGCAGAAGUUCUCUGAAGAAUCUUGAACCUUACCUGUUUGCUGAGGAAGGAUCUCCUGUUCAUGGAGAUGUCAUUGAAUUCCAUGGCCCAGAAGGAACAGGAAAAACAGAAAUGCUUUAUCACCUAAUAGCCCGCUGCAUCCUUUCAAAAUCAGGAGGAGGACUGGAAACAGAAGUCAUGUUCAUUGAUACAGACUACCAUUUCGAUAUGCUUCGUCUGGUUACCAUUCUGGAGAACAGAUUGGCGCAAAGGACAGAAGAGAUGAUAAAGCAGUGCCUGGGAAGGCUUUUUCUCGUGAACUGCAAUAGUAGCACGCAGUUGCUCCUCACUCUCUACUCUUUGGAAAACAUGUUUUGCACUCACCCCUCUCUCUGCCUUUUGAUUUUAGAUAGCAUAUCAGCUUUUUAUUGGAUAGACAGAAGCAACGGAGGGGAGAGUCUUAACUUGCAGGAGAUGAAUCUGAAGAAAUGUACUCACUCUCUCGAAAAGCUUGUGAGAGAGCAUCACUUAGUCCUCUUUGCAACAACACAGACACUUAUGCAUAAAUCUACAAACUCUGCAGAUAGUUUUUUUCCUUUGAAACUUCACCAUGAGACUGAUCCGGACUAUAGGCCUUAUCUUUGUAAAUCAUGGCAGCAAAUGGUAUCUCACAGGGUAUUUUUCUCUAAGCAAUGCAAUUCUGGCAACAGCAAAAGCUUUACAAUCAUUUCUUGCCACCUCAAAAGAAACCUUGGAGUAAAACGUUCAUUUAGUAUUGCAGAAUGUGGAGUUCAGUUUUAA